CUAGAAAGGGUUGCUAUGGUUUCAAGUACAAACUAAAUUCCAGGUUCUCGCCAUCUCCUUUCCAGACGUAUCAAGUGCGCCGCGUCUCAUGUCCUACAGAAUGGCUGCUGCUUGAAUACGCGCCACCAAAGUAGCUGAGCAGGAAGUCCUGAAAGUGUAGGGCUCCGGUGUAACAGGAAACCUCGCAGGUGUGGUGACAGCAGUGCGAAACAAGUAUUGAAAGAAGAAGGAAAAGAAAUCCUUACUAUUUGGAUUUUUAAUUACAAUCCGUGAACACGUAAUUAAGGAAAAACUGGAAUCUGUUAAGCUGGAUGCUGGAUUCGAAUUUUCAGCGUUUGUGAAAUAGCUUCCCAUCGAGUGGAUGUACAGAAGAAGAAUGAAUACUUCAGUGUAUGCCAGCAAGAAAAGGAAACGACCCACUAGUAAAUCGACUGUUUCCUUGCCAGAGGACAUGAAAAUAAAUCCAUCUAAAAGGCAUCGAGAUCGAAUCAACAUUGAAUUGGAGCAAUUAGCGUCUCUGCUUCCCUACCCUGAACAUAUCAUUAACAAGCUGGAUAAGCUUUCUGUCAUGAGGAUCACAGUCAGUUACCUGCGCGUCAAGAUGUUCCUUGACAGUAUUCAACACAAACAUGAUGGGUCAGCAACUGUAGUCUCUAAAUCCCAAGAAAAUCAUGUAAACACUGCUCCUCUUAAUACUAUUGAAGGAGAGCUCAUGCUUCAGGCAGUUAAUGGAUUUGUGAUGAUCGUGAGAGGAGAUGGGAUCAUUUUCUAUACGUCUCGUAAUAUUCAAGACUAUUUAGGUUAUCACCAGAGCGAUGUGAUUAACCAGAAUGUAUGUGAUCUGAUUCACACAGAAGACAGAAAAACUUUUUAUCAACAGCUGCAGUGGGAUUUCAGUCCAACUGACAAUUCAGGUGAAGAAGAGCCUGGCUGUAGUGAAAAGACAGAAAGUGCACAGAAUCAGCUUUCACACGAUGACCUGUUUGUGAACAGAACAUUCUCCUGUCGAAUGAGGUGCUUGCUGGACUAUAAUUCUGGUUUUUUGUCAGUGAUCAUCCGGGGAAAGCUGAAAUUUCUUCAAGGACAAACAGACAUAAUGACUGAUAUUCAUGAUGUGUCGUCUGAAAUAGCUCUCUUUGCCAUCAUAGUGCCAGUUCAGCAACCUACCAUUGUGGAACUUCACAUCAGGAAUACUCUCUUCCGAACUAAACACAAGUUGGACUUCACUCCCUUAAAUAUUGAUAGCAAGGGGAAAAACGUUCUUGGCUGGACAGAGACCGAACUGUCUUCUCAUCCUGGAUAUCUGUUUGUCCAUUCUGAGGACAUGCUUUAUUGUACAGAGAACUACCUGAGAAUGCUAAGGACAGGAGACAGUGGGGUGACCAUUUUCCGUCUUCUUACUAAGCAGUUACGAUGGCUAUGGACCAGCGCUAUCGCUAAAAUCAUUCAUAAAGAUGAUAAGCCUGACUAUAUUGUUGCAACACAUCGAAUCUUAACGGAUGCUGAAGGAGAGGAGCAUCUCAAGAAGAGAGGCAAUCCAAACAAGUUUUUUACUGACAACUAUGCUGCAUUGUAUAACUGGGCUGAUCUUUUAAGCCCGCAUGCCAGAAAGUUCCUUCAGACAAUAGAGCAGAAGGAUGCAAAAAAGAAUGCAAACUUGUAUGACUCCAGUACAAAAAAUGAAGAAUAUUUUCAUCAUGAUGUGGCUUGUUUUACUAGCAAUAUAGAUAGAAAUGUGCCAUUUGCUUCUCUGAAUUUUCAGGCUGAAAGUGAAGCCUUUCCGAAAAUUUCCAGUGAUGUCAAUAUAUGGGAGAUGCUUUGGCACUAUGAGCUUAGUAAAGAGGAUUUAGAAAUAAUUAGUAGGGAUGACUCCAUCAAAAAAAUGACCUCUGAUGAAUGUGCUGAAGGAAAUAGCAGUAGCUCUGGUUUAGUUUCUCCAUUGUUUUCUUCAGCAUCCUGGAACUCUAGUACGUUAGCAAAUGAAAGAGUGCUCACUAGUAUCAAGAAUCAGAGAUGUACAUUCGUACCAGAAUCACACUUCAAUGACAGCAAUACAAUAACACAACAAAAACAACAAGACAUGCCUCACUCCGCAUCAGUGGAUAAGACUGAUCUAUUGACAGUAGGUUCAGCAUCACAGAAAGAUCCAGUGGACUCCUCUUUAACAGCCACUUCAGAGCCAAAGGGUGACCAAUCGUUCUUUUCAGAUUUCAGCACUAGCUGAAACCCAGGACAGACAUCUUUGGUGCUAUGAAUCUGACAGACUAUUACUAGAAAUCAUAAGGCUACUCUUUAAAUAAUGAGCUUCUUGUUGACAUUAUGUUCUUUCAUUGAUCUUUUCAUCUCAAAAAAGUUAUUUAAAUAAUUUUAUAAUACCGAUACAAUUUGUUUUAGAGAGGCACUAAAUUUCAUUAAAGUAAAUUGAAAAAAUAAUAGAAAAAGGUUUAAAACGUUAAGUUUCACAAUAUACGUAUUUAUUUUAAAAGUGUUUUCUGUUUUUGAGUUAAAUUAUGAUUGUUUUAUUAAUCCUUGUACUUUUGGAACUUUUUAAAAUAGGUUUGUUUUAAAGGAUGUAUUUGUUUUUUUUAAGCUGAAGUAUUUUUUACAAUCAUGAUGUAAAUUUAUAUGCCACUGGAAACUGUGCUCUAAGCGUUUUUUAUAAAUGUAAAAAAUACAUUGAUUGUUUUGCAGUUUAAAACGGGGUCUAAGGGGGAUCAGUGCAAAUGUGGAAACAAAAACAUCCUUAAAACUUAACAGACAUGUCCAUUUUCAAGACAAAGAUUUUCUCAAGUACUGAUCUGUGUCUUGAGGUUUCACACAUAUUGUAAAACAACAGAAACAAUUGAGAUUCUGCCAUUUUAAAAGCUGUCACCUUGUAUUCUUCACCUCAUUGCCUGUCUCCAUCUACGUCAAUCUUUUGCCCCAUUGGGAUGUGAUUUCCUUAAUAUGUUGUGUUGUGAUUUGGACACCCAGUAUUUUGGAAAGAAUUUAAGACCUCUCUACAAAUAACAAAAAAGCAGGACAGGACCCUCAUUGUCUAGCUGGUUUCAUUGGCCUGAUCAGUUUUCUCCCAACAACUACCUGUUUUCUUUGGCCUGACUAGACGCAAAAAUGAGGAAACUGGCCUUUAAAAUUCCAACAUAUCUUAAAGG